AUGAACGGCACGUACCUGAACCCGUUCUUGGAGGAGACGGCGUUUUACAACCGCAUUGUGCUCGGCAGCCUCGUGCCCAAUGGACUGUGGGCCCCUCUCCCCCACUUCUUCCAGACAUGGCUGCGCAAUUACCUCGGCGGAACCUUGCUCUACCUCGUCUCCGGCGUCUUGUGGUGCUUCUACAUAUACUACGUGAAACGCAGCGUUUAUAUCCCAAAAGAUGCCAUUCCCUCUAAUAAAGCCAUGCUUUUGCAAAUAUAUGUUGCCAUGAAGGCCAUGCCUUGGUACAGUGCUCUUCCAACCAUUUCUGAGUACAUGGUUGAAAAUGGCUGGGCAAGGUGCUUCUCAAGAAUAAGUGAUGUCAGUUGGCAUGCAUACCUGAUGUAUUUAGCAAUUUAUCUUAUAUUCGUGGAGUUCGGAAUUUAUUGGAUGCAUAGAGAGUUACAUGACAUAAAACCUCUGUAUAAAUAUCUUCAUGCUACCCACCACAUCUACAACAAGCAGAAUACCCUCUCUCCAUUUGCUGGUUUGGCUUUUCACCCAAUUGAUGGGAUACUGCAGGCAGUUCCACAUGUUAUAGCUCUGUUUGUUGUGCCAAUGCAUUUCACAACCCACAUAGCGCUCCUAUUUAUCGAGGCCAUAUGGACAGCAAACAUUCACGAUUGCAUCCAUGCCAAAAUAUGGCCUGUCAUGGGUGCUGGCUACCACACCAUACAUCAUACAACUUACCGCCAUAAUUACGGCCAUUAUACAAUAUGGAUGGAUUGGAUGUUUGGAACGCUUCGUGAUCCUAUUGACGACGAAUUAAAGGUCUUAUGA